GAAGAAGCUGAACAGUAUGGUCGUCAUGAGGAAGUUGAGGAACUACAACGUCAAAUUGAUGAACUGGAAAGUCGAGCUUCUGAAUUGGUUUGUUUUCAUCACUUGUAUGUGACGGUUUGUAAUCUUCGUGAUGCUGUUGUUGAUGAAAAUAUAUCAAUUACUCCCAUUCUGUUGAUGUAUAUACUUUAA